AUGGCCCUCAAUCCAGUAGCCUUAGGCGAAAACUUCACUUACCGGAGUGAUGGUUAUGAAUAUUCAAUCCGCUGGACAUGUCUCGGCGAUGAUAGCAACCCACCGCUUGUUUUCGUCCACGGAACGCCUUGGUCUUCUUAUGUCUGGAUGCCUUUCGCAGAGUCACUUUCCUGUCGUUACAAGGUUUAUCUCUUUGAUAAUCCUGGCUUCGGUGAAUCACUCGGGGGUAUGCCUAUAGCCCCCAAGGAUGGUAACACCGAAGAAUUGGACGCGUCUCUUGCCGGCCAGGCUGAGGCAUUCGCCGCCCUCUACAGGUCAUGGAAUUUCACCACGGACCGACUUCCACACGUCAUUGCACAUGAUAACGGCGGGCUUAUUACACUCUGCGCGAAUAUCCUGUUUGGCUGUCAAUAUGCGAGCCUCUGCCUGAUUGAUGUUGUCGCUCUCCGUCCUUUCGGAAGUCCCUUUUUCCGUCUUGUCUCCCAGAACCAGUCCAUCUUCACCUCGAUCUCGGACGAAGUCUUCCGAGGCAUGGUUCACGCAUAUAUCCAGGGAGCGGCAUUUAAGCCUCUCCCGAGUCUUGUUGAAGACCAGCUUGUGCAACCGUGGGUUGCCGAUGGGCGUCAGGGCCAAGAGGCGUUUAUCCGACAGAUAGUACAAGCUGACCAGAGACAUGUGGAGGAUAUCGAGGGACGCUAUAGAGAUAUCGGUAGCACGGCUCCAGUGAAGAUUAUCUGGGGAAUCGAGGACAAAUGGAUUCCCGUUGAUCGCGCAGAGAGAUUAGCCCAGAUGAUUGGGGCAAAGGAAGUCGUUUUGGUCAAGGAAGCAGGGCAUUUGAUCAUGUUUGAUCAACCUGAGCGGCUGGCUACGGAACUUGUCAUAUGGUUGAUGGAAGUAACGGUGUAA